AUGAUUCUUUUAUGGGUUCUACAAUUGGUCAUAGGAAGUAUUCCUAAUUCUGGAGCUCGUCCCGGCAUCCAGAGAUCUUCUGAUGGAGAACGAGCAAUUGUCGCUAUAGAAAUUUGCCCCGACAUAGAGCUGCAGGAAGAUUGCGAGGGACAGUGCAGAGUCGAGUACAAUUACUGCCGACUGCUCUGCGAAACUGAGUACUGCCAGUCGAUUUGCGAUCGAGAGUACCAAGAUUGCGGCGAUAAUUGUCCCUGCGGAGAAAACUGCGAGCAAGGAUGCUUCAACUGCGAAAAUCCAAUUUGCCCUCAAGAGACAACAACGACCUCGCAGACGGCAAUUACAACAAUAUCUCCGAAUGAUGUCAACAUCCUGAUUCUUGGAUUCUCCGAUUUGGCGAAUUCUUACAUCUUCUCCGGCGAAAGCUUCACGAAGACCCCGGCUGCCAUCGAUGCUCCUCGAGAUGAUUAUGCGCAUAGAAGCGCUUCUGCCGUGGUUCGAGGAGACCUGUAUAUUUUUGGGGGCCAGACCGAUUAUCAAAAGCCUACAACUGUCGGAAGCGCCAGAGGAGAUGGCCAACAGAAGGUCGAGACGUACUCGUCUUCUGGAUGGAGAAGAUUGGCUGACCACCCAAGGAAUAUUCAAGGCCAUACACUGACUGGACUGGAGAGUGGAGCACUUCUCAUGGCUGGUGGAUACGACCAAAAUGAACGAGAAUACACUCGAAGUAUCUGGCUGCUGAAAGAAGAUGUAUGGAGGCUGACUGGCUUUUUGGAAGAGUAUUGUUACCGUGGCACAGCGUUGAAGAUCGGUGAUUUCAUCUUCGCCAUUUCUGGUGGCGUCAGAGAUUCGAAUGGUCUUUACCCAGUUGAGAGAAUCAAAGUUGUCAACGACGAAGUCUUAGAAGCAGAAAUCAUCGGCGGACACGACUUUCUCAGCUGGCAUCCAGUCAUUUUCGAGGCAAAUGCUGAUUUCUGCGUUGAAUAG